UUUCCAGUUUUCCUUGGUUUUCCAAUCAUCCAAACACAAAAGCAAAAUAAGUUCUUUUAUCAAAUUUAAUUUUUCCCUCUCCAAUUCUCAAACUUUCCACUUAUUCCAGGGUUUCUUCACCUCCCAUUUCAUUUAAAAGGCGGCGCUGAGCAAAGGGCAAGAGUUUGUUGCCUUCCUUUUUGUGAAAAUUUAUUGAAAGAAACAAGCCUUAGAUCUUGCGGGCAUCGUGGAAUUUGAAAGAGUUAGACCUAAAUCAAUUCCAGCUUUUCCUUGGAAGCAUUUUCUGUUCUGUUUAUUGAAUGGAGGGAGCCCUUUGAAUCACGUCAGUCUGUUGCCUCAUUUCAUGUAGUCAUGGCUGAUCAUGCUUUAGUGGUAGCUGAUACUUCUCAUACCCUUGUAGAACAUUCAUUAGUUAUCGGGCAGGAAUUUCCUGAUGUUGAAACCUGCAGAAGAACCUUGAAAGAUAUUGCUAUAGCAUUGCAUUUUGAUCUUAGGAUAGUGAAAUCAGAUCGCAGCCGAUUUAUAGCCAAGUGCUCCAAAGAAGGUUGUCCCUGGCGAGUCCAUGUUGCAAAAUGUCCUGGGGUUCCAACUUUCUCAAUUAGAACUCUGCAUGGAGAGCAUACAUGUGAAGGGGUUCGCAACCUCCAUCAUCAGCAAGCAUCAGUGGGUUGGGUUGCAAGAUCAGUUGAAGCACGCAUUCGGGAUAAUCCACAGUACAAACCAAAAGAAAUCCUGCAAGAUAUCCGAGACCAGCAUGGAGUUGCUGUUUCUUAUAUGCAAGCUUGGCGAGGAAAGGAACGAAGUAUGGCUGCUCUUCAUGGGACUUUUGAAGAAGGGUAUCGCCUUCUUCCUGCAUACUGUGAGCAAAUAAGAAAAACCAACCCUGGAAGUGUUGCAUCGGUUUUUGCCACUGGACAAGAAAAUUGUUUUCAGCGCCUCUUUAUUUCUUACCGUGCUUCUAUCUAUGGUUUUAUAACCGCCUGUAGACCACUUCUAGAACUUGAUAAGGCAGAUCUGAAAGGAAAAUACUUGGGUGCAUUACUUUGUGCUGCAGCUGUUGAUGCUGAUGACGCAUUGUUUCCCUUGGCAAUUGCUAUUGUUGACGUGGAAAGUGAUGAAAAUUGGAUGUGGUUCAUGUCAGAGUUGAGGAAGCUUCUUGGUGUGAACACUGAAAACAUGCCUAGACUUACUAUACUGUCUGAAAGACAGCGAGGCAUGGUAGAUGCAGUAGAAACCCAUUUUCCUAGUGCGUUUCAUGGUUUUUGUCUACGUUAUGUCAGUGAAAAUUUCCGUGAUACAUUUAAGAACACAAAGUUGGUUAAUAUCUUCUGGAACGCUGUUUAUGCUCUCACGACUGUAGAGUUUGAGAGCAAAAUUGCAGAAAUGGUAGAGAUCUCACAGGAUGUUAUACAAUGGUUUCAACUCUUCCCUCCCCGGCUUUGGGCAGUAGCAUAUUUUGAAGGAGUGAGAUAUGGCCACUUUACGCUUGGUGUGACUGAGAUGUUAUAUAAUUGGGCCCUCGAAUGUCAUGAGCUCCCCAUUGUGCAGAUGAUGGAACAUAUUCGCCAUCAACUAACUACUUGGUUUACCAAUCGUCGUGAAAUGGGAAUGAGAUGGACCUCAAUUCUUGUUCCAUCUGCCGAGAAGCGAAUUUCGGAGGCAAUUGCAGAUGCUCGUUGCUACCAAGUACUUAGAGCAAAUGAAGUUGAGUUUGAGAUUGUCUCAACCGAGAGGACUAAUAUAGUGGAUAUUAGGAGUCGUGUGUGUUCCUGUCGGCGAUGGCAGCUGUAUGGUUUACCAUGUGCACAUGCUGCAGCUGCCCUUAUUUCUUGUGGGCAGAAUGCUCAUAUGUUUGCCGAACCUUGUUUCACAGUGGGAAGCUACCGUGAGACCUAUUCACAGAUGAUACAUCCUAUUCCAGAUAAGAGCAUUUGGAAGGAGCUGGGUGAAGGAGCUGAGGGUGGAGCUGCGAAGCUUGAUAUCACAAUACGCCCUCCCAAAAUUCGCCGGCCACCUGGCAGACCGAAAAAGAAAGUCCUUCGUGUAGAGAACUUGAAGCGGCCAAAGAGAGUUGUUCAAUGUGGUAGAUGCCAUUUAUUAGGUCAUUCUCAAAAGAAAUGCACAAUGCCAAUUUGACCCUGAUUUAGAAUCUUUUUUUGCCCCUUUCUUUUUAGCCUUUCAAUAUUUUGUUUUGAAAUUCCAAUAGAAUCAGUAAUGUGUUUGUAAUGUUAUUGUAUGGUUUUAACAUUCCAGUCUUAGAAUAAAGCAUAUCCUCUGCUCAAA